CUAUUCUUUCUCUCUCUGCGCAUCUCCAUCAGCGGUGCGUUUGCGUUACAAAGCCCUGAUCGGGUGUUCUGUGCAUGACACGAGUCUCUGAAACUGUCGGAAAUCUCAUCUGACUUCAAAGAGCCGAGGCUGCACAGAGGGUUCGGAUGCUGGGAGCUGGUUUUGAACACUAAAGUCUUAGUAGCGUUUCUUUUUUUAGCAGAUCUGAGGUUCUCAAAGCAUCAUUUUGACUGCUUCCUUUACAUGAGGCAGUUGUAGUUUCAUCUAGUGCAAAAGAAGAAACUAUUAGGUUGGGGAUUCGGACCUUUUUGGACUGUGAAAUCAGUUGAGGAUUGAUUUAUACUGGUGUUUAAACCUGAGAAGUUUUUGAUCAUGUCUAUUGUUGCUGAUCUGUAUAGAAACAGCCCUAAUGCAGGGAUGGCAGAGUUUCAGGAGAAGCUGAGAUUGCAGCAUGAGAACUCUAUGCACACAGAGCUGGAGAAGCUCCUGACCACCACCAAGCCACCGGAGGCGGAGAUCUCCAGGAAGGACUUUGAGGGAUUCAAAAAGCUCUUUCACCGUUUUCUUCAGGAGAAGGGGCCGUCUGUUGACUGGGCCAAGAUCCAGAGACCACCCGAAGACUCGAUCCAGCCCUAUGAGAAGAUCAAGUUGAAGGGUCUUCCUGCCGAUGUGGCGUCAAGCCUUAAUAAACUAGCAGUGGUGAAGCUCAAUGGAGGUUUGGGGACCAGCAUGGGCUGUAAAGGACCCAAAAGUCUUAUCAGCGUCCGUAAUGAAAACACUUUCCUGGACUUGACUGUACAGCAGAUCGAGCAUUUGAAUAAGUCGUAUCAUGCAGAAGUGCCACUGGUGCUGAUGAAUUCCUUCAACACAGAUGAAGACACCAAGAAGAUCCUGCAGAAGUACACGCAUCACUGCGUCAAGAUACACACCUUCAACCAGAGCAGGUAUCCCAGGAUCAAUAAGGAGUCUUUGUUACCAGUGGCCACUAACAUGAGCCUGACGGGUGAGAAUGAAGAGGCCUGGUACCCUCCCGGGCACGGAGACAUCUACGCCAGCUUUUACAACUCCGGCCUGCUGGACAAGCUCAUCGCGGAAGGGAAAGAGUACAUCUUUGUGUCCAACAUUGAUAACCUGGGCGCCACGGUGGACCUGCACAUCUUGAACCACCUGAUGAGCCAGCCCAGCGACAAACGCUGCGAAUUCGUCAUGGAGGUCACCGAUAAGACACGAGCUGACGUGAAGGGUGGCACGCUGACCCAGUACGAUGGCAAACUCAGGCUGCUGGAGAUCGCACAGGUGCCCAAAGCUCACGUAGACGAGUUUAAAUCAGUCACCAAGUUCAAGAUCUUCAACACCAACAACUUGUGGAUCAGCCUGCCGGCCAUUAAAAGGCUUCACGAGAAGAACGCCAUGGACAUGGAGAUCAUCGUCAACCCUAAGACUCUGGACGGUGGUCUGAAUGUCAUUCAGCUGGAGACGGCUGUGGGCGCUGCCAUGAAGAGCUUCGACAACGCGCUCGGCAUCAACGUGCCCCGCAGCCGCUUCCUGCCCGUCAAAACCACCUCUGACCUGCUGCUGGUCAUGUCCAACCUGUACAGCAUGAACGCCGGCUCUCUGACCAUGAGUCCCAAGAGAGAGUUUCCCACAACACCUCAUGUCAAACUGGGCAGCUCCUUCACUAAGGUUCGAGACUUCCUGAAGAGGUUUGAGAGCAUCCCAGACAUGCUGGAGCUGGAUCACCUGACAGUAUCAGGGGACGUUACCUUCGGAAAACAAGUCACACUCAAGGGGACUGUUAUCAUUAUCGCUAAUCAUGGAGACAGAAUCGACAUCCCUGCUGGAGCAAUGCUGGAGAACAAGAUCGUUUCAGGAAACCUGCGCAUCCUGGACCACUGAGGCCUUUACAACCAAACUACAACCACAUCCACUAUUUCACCUGGACAUUUACAUGUGUGUGUAAACGUAUGUCAGAUUUGAGUGUGAACAUCAAAAGCCGUCCAUCUGAUGAUUAGCAUUAAAUGUCUGUAUGGAAGUAAACAGAAUUCACCGUAAAUGCUAUUGACAGUGAAGAGCUGUAUAAUGGGUUUUUAACAAAGACUGGUUUUGCUGCUGUGUAGCUCACUCAAUACAACACUGAAGACGAGUAUCACAACUGCCAGAGGAUGCAGACAGGAGAUGCUUUACAAAAAUGAUCUGUUCUCUUUGACAGAAAUUAAAAUGUUUUUCAUCUUCAAAA